AUGAUUCCGAUCGUUUUGACGACAUGGACGCUGGAUAAACUGAAAAAGCCUGCAUUUGAAGAAAAGUCGUCUACAGAAGUCGCCUAUGCUGGAAAGGUGUAUUCAUUUGCAGCCAUUCAGGACCAGGCCACAGAUCUCGAGAGAUGUGGCAACGAAAUAUGGGUUUUGCUAGGGCCAACGGGAAGCGGCAAAACGACAACUUUGAAAAAGUAUUUAAACAUCUUCAGUGCCCUCAAUGGCCAGAUGUCAGCCUGUGAGGUCAGCUGCAACACCUUCUUUGUGGACUUACUAGAUAACAAGACCAGAAAGCUGUACUUGAGUCACAUGCCCGUGGAAAAGCAGCUCAAGAGGUGCCCGUGCUCAGAGGAGAAUAUCAAAAAAGUGCUUUCCUUGAGGAAUACCGCCUCGACAAAGACAAACGCCCAUUCGAGUCGUUCUUGUAUGCUAGUGACAUUGAAGGCAGAGUGUGGAAACCUUACUAUCCUUGAUAUGAUGGGGAACGAGAAGUUCGAAGCCAAUGCCGCCACUUCAAACUCUUUUGCUAAUCUGAACGUUUCUUCCAUCACACAGGCUUUGCUUAACAGAACCAGCAACAAGAGAUCUUCCAACCUCGUCACCAACAUGAUCUUCAACGACCACAGUCUGCUGAAGUUGAAGUUUGUGUUGCAUUUGGACAAAACGGGAGACAAGGCUUUGAUCAAGUCCUCGUUGAACAAUAUUGCUGAUGUGGUGAAGGGAUUCAGAAUGAAUGAGAAACCGAAAAUGGCUACCACAAAACCUCAAGCUCUACCGCUGUAUGCUAGAACUACUGCAGCGUCAUUGAGUCCAAAGAAGAGAGCUGUAAAGAGGCCAUCGAUGGUACCAUCUAAACAGCCCUUGAAGCAGCCCAAACUCAAUAUUCCCAAGAUGCCAGCAUCCAAAGCUCAGAAUGCCAAACCUUCGGUUUCCACUAACGAGCCGACUUUCAUGCAAAAGUUACGGCAGGCUCAGAAGGACGAUACAAAGGCGGAGAAGAAGGAAAAGGAGAGGCAGAAGAGAGACGAGAAAGUAGGCCAGAUCCAAGAAGAGGUGAAUGGCUUGAAAGACGAGGUUAAAAAAGCACGGCUAGCGACUGUUCCUUUAAAGGAGCAGAUUGCCAGAUUCAAGCAGUUGUUUGAAGAAGCCGCAGAAGAACUGAGUUUGCUUCGUCUGGGAAAGAGCGAUUUAGAACUGGAUUUACUGAAGAAGGCAGAGGAAAUCAUAACCGCUAAUUCUGCCAGAGUGCAAUCUGAAGAAACGGCACAAAAAAUUAAAACGGAGAUGGAAGCAGCAGAACAGAGUUUUAAAGCCAAGACUGAUGAAAACGAACAGCUUCAGAAACAAAUCCAAGAGCAGAUUGCCCUUCUCAGUCAGAAAGGCGAUGAGUUGAACAAGCAGAUUGAGGAUAAGAAUAGCCGGGUUGUGGAGCUUGAAGAAGAUAUAAAGAAGGUAAAGCUUGAGAGAGAUGAGGAAGUUGCCGGCCUUCAAAGCAGGCUUAAGUCACUGGACAAGAUGCUUCAGGAAGAAAAAGAGAAUUACAGACUUUUCGAGGAAAAGCUACCUAAAGAAGGAGUAAUUUUCAAACGUGUGGGUGAUGGUUUUGAAGAGAUUUCUCAGGAUUCCAUAAGCUCAGCUGUUGAACUAGCCGAGCUUCAGCUGUCCUACGAUACCCUCAAAGACGAGAUGAAGAAGCAAGAAGAAUCACACAAGGAAAACCACGAGUUCUUAAAAAAGAAGAUCAAAAACUUGCGAAUCGAUAACGAACAUCUUGAAAAGAAGUACGAGAAAGCCCUGAAUCUGAUCAAAAAGUGGAAAGGUCGGAACGAGACUUUGGCUAGUGACAUAAAAACCAUGGAGUCAACCGAAGCAGCCCAAAAGAGCCGAAUUUCAGAACUUGAAGAAAAAGUCAAGGAACUCGAGAAAUACAAAUCUAAAUGUGAACAUCUCGACUGCAAUCUCCAGGAACUCAGGACCCUGUCUCAUGAGGAGGAGAACCGCCUUCGAACCAAGGUUACGGAUUACAAGCAAAAGUACAAAAAGCUUUUAAAUGAGCAGACCGUGCCCAGUUUGUUCCGUCCUGUAAUUCAUGAGGAUACCGAUUACAAGACGUAUCUCAAGGAGAAGAGGAAAAACGAAAUCCAAAGCAGUCCUCUCAAGGAGGCUAAUACCAACAGAGAACAGAACAAGAGGCAUUCUCUUAAUGAGCCGCUCAAAGUAACGGCAUGA